UCAGCCACAUCAUCUAUAAGAUACCAGUACCUGGUCCUCCUCCCCACAAUGCCUGGCUCUCACUAAGGAGGAAUAUGGAAAGCUGCUCAAUGGAAGGUGUCAGCAGUGUGAACCAGCUAGGUGGGGUGUUUGUGAAUGGUCGUCCUCUCCCAACAUGUAAAAGGAAAAAGAUCAUAGAACUUGCCACACGUGGAGUAAGAGCGUGUGAAAUCUCCAGGAUCUUGCAGGUAUCCAAUGGAUGUGUCAGCAAAAUUUUGGGCCGCUAUUACCAGACUGGUUUUGUAGAGCCUAAAGCAAUGGGAGGAAGCAAGCCAAGACUAGCUACCCCAAAAGUGGUAGAAAAGAUUGCUCAACUGAAGUGGGAGCAUCCAUCCAUGUUUGCAUGGGAGAUCCGAGAGAGAUUGCUUACUGACAGGAUCUGUCCUGAAGAUAAAAUUCCAAGCGUGUCUUCAAUAAAUAGAGUUUUAAGGAAUUUACCAUCAACGUUGAACUUUUCUUCUCCUUUGGACCAAUCCAGUCCAGGCUGUCCUGUAGGUUUGGUGGAUAUUACUAAUAUGAAAAUUCCAUAUGAAGAUAUAUGUGGUAGUAACACUGAGGCUGCAGCUACUGCAUCACCACAAAGCCACAAUCAGCGAAGCAGAACCAUUUUUUCUACAGAGCAAAUGGAGACUCUGGAAAGAGAGUUUGUACGUGUUCAGUAUCCUGACAUGGCCACCAGAGAGAAGCUAGCUUCUGACACAGAGCUUCCUGAAGUCACAAUCAGAAUUUGGUUUUCAAACAGGAGAGCCAAAUGGAGACGGGAAGAAAAAAUGAAAAGAGACAUACAGCUCACAGGCAAUGAAGGUUCAAGAAAAACAUUAUUAGUACCACAUUUUGGAAAUAUAACAAAUGGAACUGCUACGUUUCAUACAUCAAUGCUGAGUGACUACCUUUCACCACAGAGACAACCAUUAAUGGAUUCGGCAUCCUUUGGAAUAGAUAGAAUCUCCCCUUAUAAACGUCAUCCCAUCAAUUCCCCAUUUACAGCUGAGGAGGCUACAGCAAACAGCCUAAAGGGCCCUGUGACUGAAUCUGUGUGUUUGCCAGGACUGUCUGCUGUUUCCCCAUCUCCCAUCACAAGCAGCACCAUUUUUCCCACUGAUUUCACGAAUAUAGAUAUCGCUGCUUUAGACUGCAUAUCAAUUCCCGUCUCCUUUGCAAUGCAGCCACUUUCCUAUUCUCCCCACCACAGUGUCAAUGCAUCCAACAGAUACCAUCAUGCACCAUUUGUCAAUGUGGACAGUUAUGGAUUCCAAAGAAAUUAUCCCAGCUGUGGAUCACCAUGGACAUUCGAAGGUUUACGUCCUGUGCAUCACUACUAGUUGUAAACUGAUAAAUAAGGUUUUAGUUUAAAUUAGUGCUUUAUUAUGCACAAAUACAUGAAGGGAGUUUUCAGGUAACUUUGUGCAAGUUUAUUCAAUUUUUUUUCAUCUUGUAAGGUUGGGUUGCAUCUGUUUUUAAUAUUUUUUGAUACAUGCCUAAUUGAUAAUACUCAGUAAACUACACAUUUUGGUCUUUUGAAAAAAACAUGCAUUAUUCAAAGUCUUCAGUGAAGUGAUUUGGGCUUUUGUAAUGUAACUAUUAUAGCAUCUGUAGGAUGUACACAUGUUGUAUGCCAAACUUAGUGGUGUAAGUUCUUCCACAGGAAUUUUUUUUUCUUCACAUAAAAAUUGGAUUAAAAAGCUGAAUGUCUUUUUUUUCUCGGAAUGUCACACAACUCAUGCAGAAAAACAAAUACGUUAAUACAUUUGUUGGUGCCACUGUAGUGUGACAAAAAUUAUGUUUUUAGCUGUAGCUGUAGACUCGUUUCAUAUUGGUUUCUGUUUGUAAAGGAAUCCAUGAUGAAUAUAAAAAAAAUCUGUUUUCAUUUAUUUUGCAAGUAUCCUACUGAUUAAGUCUGUUAGUUUUUUUUUUUCUUUAUCUAGUAAAAUUGGUAUUUUGUCCAUUAUGGAAAAAAUAUGAGACGUGAGGAGAUCUAACCCUGAUGCCAUAUUACGUAUCAUACUACCAUUACAAUCCCAGACUAAACUAAGAGAACCUUAAAGGAAAACUGUCACUUAACUCCCCCUGCACUAACCAGAGAUACUGGCUGGUAGUGCGGGGGAUGCUGAUCA